UAUUUUCCAAAGAGGCAUCGAACCUUCCUUAUUAGAGCUGCACUGAGAGGAGGAGCAACACUGAAGGAGGAGAGGCUUCCAGGACGUCAGCUGAAAUCAUCGUCUCCUCAGUGGAAUCUCUGCACAUCUCUGACUGUAGAAAUGUCUGCUGCCAGCUGUCUGUUGACUGAAGAUCAGUUCCUGUGCUCCAUCUGUCUGGAUGUCUUCACUGAUCCUGUCGCCUUAUCAUGUGGACACAACUUCUGUCAAAGCUGCAUCACUGAACACUGGGAUAGUAAUGUCCCAUAUCGAUGUCCCAACUGUAAAGAGGUUUUCUCCACCAGACCACAGCUGAAGGUGAAUAUUUUCAUCAAGGAGAUGGCUGCUCAGUUCAGACAGUCAGCUCAGCAGGAAUCCAGCAGCAGCAGCUCAGAAAGACAAGUUUCCAAACCAGGAGAAGUUCCCUGUGACGUCUGCACUGGAACCAAACUGAAUGCCCUGAAGUCCUGCCUGGUGUGUCUGGCUUCUUACUGUGAGACUCACCUGGAGCCUCAUCUGACCAUGUCAGGUCUGAAGAAACAUCAGCUGAUCGACCCUGUGGAGAACCUGGAAGACUGGAUGUGUGAGAAGCACGACAAACUGCUGGAGCUGUUCUGUAAGAACGACCAGAGGUGUGUCUGCGUGAUGUGCACGGUUUUAGAGCAUCAGACCCACAGUGUUGUUCCUGUGAAAGAAGAAUAUUAUAGAAAGAAGGCUGAACUGGAGAAAAGAAAGGCUGAAAUGAAUCAGAUGAUCCAGAAGAGACAACUGAAGAUUCAAGAGCUUAAACGCUCAGUGAAGCUCAGUGAUCAGAACGCAGAGAGAGAGAUUGCAGAAAGUGUUCAGGUCUUCAAUGCUCUGAUAGAGACUGUGCAGAGAAACCUCGACAAACUCAUCAAUUCAGUCAAAGAGAAGCAGGAAAAGACAAAGAACCAGGCUGAAGGCUUCAUCAGAGAGCUGGAACAGGAAAUCUCUGAUCUGGAGAAGACGAGCACUGAGGUGGAGCAGCUCUCACGCUCUGAAGACCACCUCCAACUCCUCCAGAACUUCAAGUCUCUGAACGCUGCUCCACCCACCAAGGACUGGACUGAAGUCAGAGUCCAUCCACCUUCACAUGAGGAGACUGUGAAGAGAGCUGUGAAGCAGCUGGAGGAGACCAUCAGUAUACAGAUGGAGAAGCUGAUCUGUGAGGUGGAGCUGAAGAGGAUCCAGCAGUAUGAGGUGGAUGUGACACUCGAUCCUGAUACAGCAUAUCCUAAACUCAUCCUGUCUGAUGAUGGAAAACAAGUUAAAUAUGGUGACAUGAAGAAGAAUCUCCCGGACAACCCAAAGAGAUUUGAUAAAUGCAGUUGUGUCUUGUCACAGCAGAGUUUCUCUUCAGGCAGAUUUUACUACGAGGUUCAGGUUAAAGGGAAGACUGUGUGGGAUUUAGGAGUGGCCAGAGAAUCAAUCAACAGGAAGGGACAAAUCACAACAGGUCCUCAGAGCGGUUACUGGACGAUAUGUUUGAGGAAUGGAAAUGAGUACAAAGCUUGUGCUGGCCCAUCAGUCCGUCUCUCUCUGCAGUCUGGUCCUGAGAAGGUGGGGGUGUUUGUGGAUUAUGAGGAGGGUCUGGUCUCCUUUUAUGACGUUGAUGCUGCAGCUCUGAUCUACUCCUUUACUGACUGCUCCUUCACUGAGGAACUCUACCCAUACUUUAGUCCUUGUAAUUAUGAUGGUGGUAAAAACUCUGCUCCUCUGGUCAUCUCUCCUGUUGUUUAAUCUGAGUAGAUAGACUAUUGAGACACAGCAGAGAAAUUCAUGGAAGAGAUUAACCAUUAUUUGCUUAAUUUUUCUUGUGCACUUCAAAUCAUGUUUUUGCAAAGUUAAACCUCCAGUUAAGCACCGUUGGAUUGGCUGGGGUCAACUUUGGCACGCUCACCCUUUCAGAGAUCCAUGUUCAGCUGCUCUCCACUUUGGCCUUCAAAGUUUCCAUUUGUACAUAAGAAGUAUUAAAAGUUAGCUUGAAUCUUUUUUUUUAUUGUAUAUGUAAACUAGAAUGGCCGUCUGAGGCAGCAGACCCACGCCGAAGCAGCGCCACC